AUGUAUUUUAAGGGAGCAUGUAUGGUGCAUCGUCGUUUACUUGAGACAUCUAAAGGUCCACAUGAAGUUUUAGCUCAAAUGGUGUUACCUAUGUUGAAAAAAUUUGACAAAUAUUGGUCCGAGUAUAACCUAUAUCUAGCUUGUGAGACAAUUCUUGACCCAAGGUUUAAGUUAAAGUUUGUGGAGUAUUGUUUUGACAAGAUAUAUGGUUCGGAUGAGGCUAUGUAUAAAGUUGAAAAAGUGUUGAACACUUUAAGAUCUUUGUAUAAUGAGUAUAAGUCGACAUUUUCAACUUCCCCAAUUGUUGCUCCCUCUACUACAAGUAGUAGGAUUGAAGAUGAAAACUUCUUUGAUGAUUAUCAAAGCUAUAUUUCAAGAAUUACAAGGACUCAAACGAAAAAGUCCCAACUUGAGUCAUAUUUGGAGGAACCGGGGCUUGAUUUGAACAUGGAGCUAGAUAUUCUAGAGUAUUGGCAACAAAAUGUAGUGAGAUUUCCAGAGCUUGCAAUAUUGGCACGAGAUUUUCUAACGAUUUCGGGUAAAGGGCAGCCUACCAUGGAAAGGCCUGCGAGACUGAGGAUUGCCCUUGGAGCUGCAAAAUGA